CAAACAAAUGAUAAGGAAAAUAAAAACAACAGGUCACUGGCUCUGUGGUGGGUGCAGGCUGGUCUGCAAGUACUAUAAGAAUGGUGGUAGAGCACGGCACUCGCAUUUAACAUGUUCUUGCUUGAGAGAGACAUGUCCUUGGAGAACAUUUUUUACACUGGUGAAUUUAAGGAAAAAGACUGGAUUAACAAUAUUUUCAAAUAAAUAAUUUUAUUUGUGAAGGAAUUUUUUUUUAAUGCUUUGAAAACUGAUAUAUUGGUGUGACUCUUAACAUACAAGAAAAAGUGAGUAUAGAAAUGACUGACACAACCCUAUGAGGAAAGAUAAGAAUGACAACGACAGAAGAAGCACAUCCUGGGUGGACAACUGCUUCCUAAAAUAUUUAUUGUGUCAAAAUCAUCAAUAUUUAAGGAGUUUAAAUCAACUGAAGAGGCAGGCAACUUCAGAAAGAUAUUACUUUUGUGGAGAACAUUAAUAAUGGCAACAUCCGAGGAUCUUUCAGGCCAGCCUAACCCGUCCCAAACUGUGAAAUAUGAUCCAAAGUCUCAAACCGUAACGUUACCAAAUGGGUUGGUUUCUGUGUCCGGAGUCACGGUGGUGACGGGGGGAGCGGAGCUGUCCUGUGGCACCUGUAUGUUGGCCUUUGGGGUGUGGGGCACUCUGGUUGGUUUGACUGUUGUGUCAUUGGGAUUAUGGGACCAUUUUGAGUACAAGAACAGUGGUCCGUCACACCUUCUGGCCCUUGGACUGGUACUGCUGCUCACCAGUGUGAGUCUGGUAGCCGUGAUCUUCGUCCUCCGUUUCUUAAUGAAAAAGAGAAGAAUGAUGGCCAGAAGAGAGAGGGCAGAAGCAAAUUUAGUGUUGAUUAAUGAUCAUGUGGAAGUUGUUUUAAAAAGAGUCACAGUGUAAAAGAGCAGUUUUGUUCUCUUUGAAUGAGUCAGACUCCCUGCUGCUUCA